AUGAGUUCGACCACUAAAAGCUAUUGGGCCCUGUGGGACAGCUUGCUGCUUCAGGAUGGAGUUCUGUGUCGUAAAUGGGAAAACGUUCGGGGAGACAGCUGUCAUUUGCAAAUGGUUGUCCCUAAAGUUAAAGUACCGGAUGUUCUACAGCUGUACCAUAAUGAUUGUUCAGGAGGCCAUCUGGGAGUUAAACGAACUCUACUGAAGAUCCGAAAACGGUUUUACUGGGUCCACUGUCGUAACGAUGUCGAGGACUGGUGUCGCAAAUGUACAAGUUGUGCGGCUGUAAAGGGACCUCAGACUCGUAGUAGAGGUGCAUUGAAGUUGUACAAUGUUGGUGCACCAUGGGAGAGAAUAGCCAUUGACGUGGCGGGGCCGUUUCCGGAGAGUGAAAGCGGUAACAAGUAUUUCAUGGUUGUGAUGGAUUACUUCACUAAGUGGCCAGAAGUCUUCGCCAUUCCAAAUCAAGAAGCUUCAACAGUUGCAGAUAAACUAGUUCAUGAAGUCUUCUGUCGUUUUGGAGUACCUUUAGAGAUUCACAGCGAUCAAGGAAGGAAUUUUGAGUCUCAAAUAUUCCAGGAAACUUGCCGAGUUAUGGGUACUCAUAAAACAAGAACGACUUCUUAUCACCCGCAAUCUGAUGGAAUGGUGGAACGAUUUAAUCAGACAUUGGAGAGGUACCUAGCAAAAGUUGUAGACAAUCGGCAACGAGAUUGGGACAAGCACAUACAACCGUUUUUGUUGUCAUAUCGAAGUUCUGUUCACGAAAGUACAGCAGUGACACCAGCUUUCGCAAACUUUGGAAGAGAAUUACGGCUGCCUGCAGACCUGAUCACCGGGAUACCACCCGAUGCUCCACGCAGUAUAACCGAUUAUGCAAAUGACUUGCGGAAAAAAUGA